CUGAUUGGCUGUAGGGUCGUGGGGGGCUGGGCGGCGGGGUAGGUUGUUCCUGAGGUGGGAGGCGGCACCCGUGGCUGAGAAGGAGGCCUGAGAGCGACAUGUCCCCGGCGACUGAAGCUGAGCGGCCCGUGGCGCUGUUUUUCUGAGCCCGGGGCGGCCUGGCGGCCGACUGAGGACGAGGGUCGGCGGAGGCUGCCCCCGCUGUGGUGGCCGCCAUGCUGGAGGCCCGGGCGGUUGGGGGAGCCGGCGUGGCGCUCCUGCAACUGCUAUUGCUGCUGCUGCUGCCGCCGGCGCUCCGGGGGCCGGGGCUCGGCGUGGUCUGUUCGGCGGGGGCCGGGCUGCCCGAGAGCGUCAUUUGGGCCGUCAACGCGGGCGGCGAGGCGCAUGUGGACGUGCACGGGAUCCACUUCCGCAAGGACCCUUUGGAAGGUCGGGUGGGCCGAGCCUCCGACUAUGGUAUGAAACUGCCAAUCCUGCGUUCCAACCCCGAGGACCAGAUCCUGUAUCAAACAGAGCGGUACAAUGAGGAGACUUUUGGCUACGAAGUGCCCAUCAAGGAGGAGGGGGACUACGUGCUCGUGUUGAAAUUUGCUGAGGUCUACUUUGCACAGUCCCAGCAGAAGGUAUUUGAUGUGCGACUGAAUGGCCAUGUCGUGGUGAAGGACUUGGACAUCUUUGAUCGUGUUGGGCACAGCACAGCUCAUGAUGAAAUCAUCCCUAUGAGCAUCAGAAAGGGAAAGCUGAGUGUCCAAGGGGAGGUGUCCACCUUCACAGGGAAACUCUACAUCGAGUUUGUAAAGGGGUACUAUGACAAUCCCAAAGUUUGUGCACUCUACAUCAUGGCUGGGACAGUGGAUGAUGUACCAAAGCUGCAGCCUCAUCCAGGACUGGAGAAGAAAGAAGAGGAAGAAGAAGAAGAAGAAUACGAUGAAGGGUCUAAUCUCAAAAGACAGACCAAUAAGAAUCGGGUGCAGUCAGGCCCCCGCACGCCCAACCCCUAUGCCUCGGACAACAGCAGCCUCAUGUUUCCCAUCCUGGUGGCCUUUGGAGUCUUCAUUCCAACCCUCUUCUGCCUCUGCCGGUUGUGAGAACAAAUACCAUCCUGAACAGGGUGAAGGGGUGUGGGAAAGAAACCGAACAUGUUGGUUUUGGUUUCUGUAUUUUUCACAGUGAUUAACAGACAAACAAACAAAACCACACACAAAAAUUAAAGGAGAAAAAAAGAGGCAGAGUGGGUAGAGAGCAGCCCUUAUCCACCACUGGUCCCAGCCCUGCUUCAGUCCUCGUGCUCUCUUUGUGGCUGGCCCCAGCCGUCUCUUUCCUCUCCAGGGUACUUAAGGUGAAGCAGAUCCUCCAUGUUCAAGGAGCCCCAUCUGCACACCUAGUGGAAAGGACUCUGAACCCAGAGCAGACGUGGUUCCUUUUUUUAGGUUAGAAAUUAACAGCAGGGAAAUGUCAUCUUAUUACCUGAGAAGACCAGCGCUGGGAGUUGGGUAUGUUCUGAAGUUAUGUCCAGAUAAGUUUUCAGAUGUCCUGGGAUUGAAAGUGUGUGUGCUUUGUGUAUGUGUGAAGGUGUAUCAUUUGUAUGAUAAGACGAAAACAGAAGGGGGAUUAAAAAAAAAAAAAAAAAGAAAAGAAAAUUAGAUACUUCCUUACUUGGAAGCCUUUCUGGUUUCAGCCCAGUGAUGGUUCCACCUUAAGUGUUUGCGCUUUGUCAUUGCUUGUCUCCCUGACAUAUGCCAGUUAGAGGACUGUCUGGUAUCCAAGACGAUUAGUUUAUGUCAGGUCCUCAAGUUGCCUCUGACUUGUUACCACAACAAAUCAUUUUGAUUUCAGUGCCUGUUGGGGACUUUGAUUUCUUCUCAUUUUUUUCCCCCUUUAAUCUGGCCCAUUUGAAAUCUCUUCUCUCUCUCUCAAUCAUCCCGCUAAAUUAUUGCCAAGAAGGGAAGGCGACCUGGGGAUUUGGGGUUCCCUCUGCUUGAAUGUCUUAUCCUCUACCACCUCACCUUGUUGGUACCUCCCUCCCUGGAUCUCUGAGCCAGCAGCCAGGAGGACCUGACCCAGCAGUUCUUUUACUGGCCCCUUUGUAGGGUCUUGCUGCCAGGGGACAGGGAUGCUUUCCAGCCUGCAGCAACAGAACACUUGACCUUAAAAGUCUUCUCUGGUCUUUGGAUUAGAAAAGGCUUAUGUUAGCAUAACUUAAGAGCCACCUCAGAGACUUGAGCCCUACUAAGUGACUGACCACUGUUUAGAGUGUCUAUCUAGUAUCUGAUGUUCAUUUAUUCCCAUGUCCUUCUGUGUCACAAGUCAACCAGUUUUGGUUUAUGCCUAGAGCUGCCCCAAGAAAUUAGACUCAUUGUCUGUAUCUGGCCCACUGGCGCCUCUUCCCGAUCCUAGCAGUCUGCCCCUUUCCUUUCAUUUCCCUGUCUGAGCUGCAGUUGGGUUCUUGGUGUGACGGAGCUGAAAGAUUUCUAGUCAGCCAUAGUCCUGGCAGCUCUGAAGCCAGCCUUAGCAUCAAGUGGCUGUCUUCAAUUCCCUGGAAAAACUUGUACAGGAAAUGAAGGUUCCCUGUUGCCUUUCUUUCUGGUCACUGUUAUUCUUUUCCCAGUUAGAGCAACAAUGAGGGAGGACCCAACCAAGCUACACAGAGUUUUGUGGAUGGAAAGCAGCAGGGUUAGCUUCCGCUUGGGCUAGAGCAGCAUAGAAUCUCAGACCAGGCUCAUCUUUUUAGAAUGUGUUUAAUUUUGUCUUUUUUUUUUUUUUAAUGUGUUUGAAGAGCUCCACGCAUUUGAAUUGCUUAUGUGACAAAGUAAGUAGCUCUUGGGCUCAUGGCCUGGGUUUUGGCUCUUAAUGAGUUACUCUGGGCCAGCAUUUAGUCCUUUGAGAGUGGGAGCCCUUUAUUUUAGCUGUGACUUAGGCCUCAGUAGUAGGGGAUUGAGUCAGGCAUCUGGAUGACUGUGGCCUGAGGCCGCAAUAAGAGGAACACUUCCUGGAGUGCUUCACAAAGCUCCCUGCUUUGAAGGAUGGCAUCCUGUAGCCUUGGUCUGGGGCACCCCUUGCCCAGGGCAAUGGACGUCCUGACUAAUUGGGCUUCUGACAGUGGCUUUGGUUCCCCUUCCAUCAGAUCUCCUCAAAGCUGUAGGCCACUGUCAGUGGAGUAGACAAGAGGAGGAAGGAGGACUCGCUGCCUCCAUUUUGCCUUGUUUGUUAGUUUGCCUGGGUCUUUGAGGAAGGAGGGGUCCCGCCUACUCACCUCAACCCAUCCCUUCAGUGACUCAGAGUCUCAGAAGGAAACCCUGGCUCCUGGGGCCAUUUCCUAACGGUACUGUAAGCCAAGCAGCUUUGCUUCCAAGCCCACCCCUGUUUCCAAGCUCACUCCUUUCCCCUGAGCCCAGGGAUAGGGAUGGGCAUUUUCCUCUGCUUGUGUCUGAAAGGAAGGAACAUCUUUCUAUGGCUCACAAAAACUAAAGAAGAAGUGAGGAAACAGGAAGAAGUAUGGUGGGGGGCUGGGGUAGAGUCCCCUGGAGCCAAGUCCACCCAGCUAACAGCUGCCCAGGGCUGGUCACAGCUGGCCCAUGAUGCUGAACUUGAAAGCUUUUUUUUUGUUCGGGGGGGGGGGGGAGCUCCUUCAAGAUGAUAUAGGUACAUGAAGUUUAGGUUAAAGGGGUGGGGUGGGGCACUCUUUAUUUUUAUUUUUGUAUUGUGUACGUCACAAAUUACUCUGUUCGUUGUUUGCUUUUUGCACUGUUUGUUCUCCUGCCUGUAUUUUGAGCUAGUGCUAGGACCAGGCAGCUAUGCUGUAGGGAGUCUGUCUGGGGUUGGGGAGGUGAUGAGGGAUGCCACUUAGCUCUGGGGAAGGGGAGGCCUGGACUCUUCUACUGGAUCCAUGCACUGUUCUAGGUUUUCAGAUCUCCCUGAGCCCAGCUGGCCAAAGCCAAGAGCAGACGGCCAAGGUGAAACUCCUUUUGCCAGGAAUGUGGCUUCGGUUCAGUUUCUGGGUGGACCACAUUAAGAUGUUCUGCUGGGGAUAGACUGAGAGUCUUCAGUGUAGCUCUGAUUUGGGUCAGGGGCCAGCUGGCCUUUUUGGGUUUCACUCAUGCUGACUGAAACAUCCUGCCAGGAAAUAAUCUGUGGGACUCAUGUCCCCUAAACCAGAUCCAUAUUUCUGUAACAUCUCCACUAUGGAGGAGAAGCUGCUCAGUGGAUAUCUUGAAUUCUGGUGACUUGAAAAAUGGUUAUCUUCGAGUGUCAGUGGUGUUAGACUCCCGGGUGGUGGGGGUGGGGGCGGCACAGGGCCUGUAGGGUCACUACCGGCUGGUUUGAGAAUGUAACCUUUUCUCUUUUUUCCACUGUUUGCCUAAGAGAUACUGGCCUGAAAUUGGGAGAGCACAUUAGAGGUCAAUUAGGCUUUGAAGAGAUGGGGUGAAGUUCAAGUUAAGUUUACCUGCCCCUUUCUGUGUCUGGAAACUAAUCUGGUUUUGGAAUUGUGUUUUGACUUCUUUAUCUUUUUAGAGAAGCUUCUGUUUUAAGGAAUUUCUCUUCCUUCUUAUCCUGCUUCUACUUUCUCCUGGGAAGACCUGGCCAUGGCUUCUAGAAUCUCAGUUGAACUUCAGAAAACAGCAGCAGUAUUUUCCCUUUCCUAGCACAUAUACUCCUUUCUCUAGAAAUUGGCUCACCUUGGGAAGACCAGGGAAAGAGUCCACGGGUUCUCUACCCUCCCUGGAGAUUGGGGCAGGACCCACCCCGGUCAGCACAGUGCCUUUUCCUCUCCUGCUCUGAGCCAGGGUGGGCAUUCCCUUUAGAUUCAGGUCUGGGCAGGGGUCUUACAGUCCCUGCCGUGGGGCUGCUUCCCCAUCCCUUUCUCCCCCUCCCCUUUGCUGGCCGACUCUAACCUAAUUCAAGUGUCUUCUUGCCUCGAGGAGCCUUAAUGGCAUCAAGUGGCAACAUGUAAUAUUGUCCUCUAUGCCUCUCCAAAGGACCUAGGAGAGCAGGUGAACUUUCCAAAGUGAGAGAGUAACAGAUGCUCCUGUUCAAAACAAGGGGAGGAGGAGGAGAUGCUUGGGCCUCCUUCUGCUGUGGCUCUGGGGGAAAGGAGCCUGGGGUAAGGCUCAGUGAUAGUGCGGAAGCAGAACCAGAAACACCCGGGAUCUGUUCAGAAAUCUUAGAAGUCUGCUUCUCUUCUAUGGAAAGAUAUAAUUAGUGAUCAAAGAGCUCUAAAAAUAUUGCAAAGAAGCCUUAAUGUUCAAGCUUCAGAGAGAUCAGAGUAAUUUCUCCCGUUCUGUCCGAGCUAGGACUCUUUCUGUAUUUAGACCUCUUCUGGGGCAAGAGGGCUAGAUUUCCUCAUUUUAUUACGAGACCAGAUUGGCAUCAGUGGGUCAGCUGCCCAGCUAGGGCGGAUUUCUUCUUUUUACGUGGGUGGCUUGCUGCCGAUCUAGUUUGUCCUUCCCCAGCUGCCUUUUGGGUGGCCUGCCUUCGGCUGCCAAAUCAUUUUGAUAAGAGCAGAUAAUUUGGGGACUGGCUGGACUGGCAGAAAAAGAGCAGGAUGGAUCUCUUGGGACAGUCCCCUCCCACCCCCCACCCCCUCCAGGAUCAUAAAGACAAGGAGCCAGGAUUGUGCCGGCAGCCAGGGAAACAGUAGUCCUGUUAGAGUUGGCAGGGAGGGCCCUGGCACCUCUCACAUCCAGGCAGUCUUGUGAGGUGGGGGCACACAGCACCAGGAGAAGCAGAACUUCGUUCUCACCUCUAUUUUGAGCUUCAGUGCUUUAUUUCAGUAUGAGGGAAAACAACAACAAACUGAAGUGUGCUUUCCGUCCUUUGAAAGGACAACUGUCAGGAAAGGAGAGCCGAGUUGCCAGGUGGGAGGGGAGAAUUGGCAGGGAGAGUCUUUACGGCAAAACCAGGAAUGAGGCGUUCUUGACUCCUCUUCCCUGGCGUGUUACGAUCCAGGGAAUGAAAAGAAAUUUGACCCUGGAUUAGUUCCCUCUUUGGAUCCUCCUUCCAUCAUGUUCUCACACACUAGGACCAGCUGCCCAUUCUGAGCUCAGAGCAGCCUCUUCAACAAUUAUUGGCCUAACCUGGCUUGUCAGGAAACCACCCCUGUCUCCCUCCCCCCCCCCCCCCCCCAUUGGGCCUGGCUGCUCUGUUCUAUACCAAGUACUGGAGAAGAGUGGCAAGUUCUUAGUAGGCCUGGUAGCUCCUGGAUUCCCAUCCUCUCCCUGCCGCGGCGAAACAAACUGUAGCCACAACAUGCAUUUACAGCAGCACAGUGAGAUGUGAUUGAGGGGCUUUGAACCUGGCUGGCCCGGGAAAGCAGUGGGGGGUGGAUAGAGCUGUCUUUCCUUCUGGGCUGUCUCCAUCUGUCCCUACCCCUUACAUGCCCCAUCCUACUCCCACCAAAAAGUAAAAAAAUCAGGAUGUUUUUCACUGUCCAUUGCUUUGUGUUUUAAUAAACAAUUUGCAGUGACA